UGGAAGACCAAUAAGCAUUUCUAGUCAACUUACUUUUGCUAAACAUAAUAUCAUCUCCACACUAACUUCUACCACUUCCUUACCCUUUUAUGUUUGUGAGAGAUCUCAGUUUGAGUGCACUUCCUUACCUUUCAUACUUUCUUCAUCUUGUGAACAUGGCUGCUGAACUUGUUGGAGGAGCUUUCCUCUCUUCUUUUCUCAAUGUUCUUUUCGACAGGCUCUCCGAUCCUCAGAUUAUCAACUUGAUCCGAGGGAAGAAGCUUAGUGAGAAGAUGAUCCAGAGGUUCAAGGCAAUCCUGAAUGGGGCUGAGGCCUUGCUGAAUGAUGCUGAGCGCAGACAAAUCAGAGAGGGGCCAGUGAAGAUCUGGCUGGACGAUCUCAAAGAUGCUAUCUAUGAGGCUGACGACUUCUUGGAUGAAAUCGCCACCAAAGCUGCAACUAAGAAGGAUCAAGGUAACUUCCUAACUCGCUUUAAGAAAGAUAGAGAGAAGGUUACCAGGAUGGAAGAUGUCAUUGCUAGGCUAGAGUCCAUAGUGAAUCAAAAAGAUACUCUUGGCCUGAAAGAGAUACCAAUGGAGAACAUGUCAUGGAGAACUCCAUCCACGUCUCUAGUUAAGGUGUCUGACAUAUAUGGCAGGGAUGAAGAUAAGAAAGCCUUAGUCAAAUUGUUGUUAGAUGAUGCUAAUGAUGGUGACGUGUCCGUGAUCCCCAUCGUUGGCAUGGGUGGGAUAGGAAAAACAACUUUGGCUCAAUUGGUUUACAAUGAUGAGCAAGUGCAGCAAAAGUUUAAUGUUAAAGCAUGGGUUUGUGUUGGUGAAGUAUUUGAUGUUCUUAAGGUGACAAAGACUGUAGUGGAGAAAGCAACCUGUGCUUCUUGCAACAUGAAUGAUUUAGAUUCAGUUCAACAACGUUUGAGGACUGAGGUAACAGGGAAGAGGUUUUUGGUUGUUCUGGAUGACAUGUGGACCAAUCAUUAUGAUGAUUGGAAAACUUUUCUAAUUCCCUUCCAAUGUGGAAGUCAGGGAGGAAAGAUUCUUGUAACAACCCGCAUUGAUACUGUUGCUUCUAUGGUGAAAACUAUUCCAGCUCACAAUUUGAGUUUGUUGGAUGUUGAACAAUGUUGGUCAGUGUUUGCAAAUCAUGCAUUUUUUGCUACUGAAUCCCGAGAUCGUUUGGCUUUGGAAAAAGUUGGUAGAAAAAUUGUUGACAAGUGCAAAGGACUGCCUUUGGCUGCUCAAUCACUUGGGGGCUUGCUAAGAACCAAGGAUAACAUAGCUGACUGGAAAGAUGUUUUGACGAGUGAGAUUUGGGAGUUUCCUGAAGAUGAGUGUAGGAUUCUUCCUGCAUUAAGAAUCAGCUAUCACUACCUCCCCUCAUAUUUAAAACGUUGCUUUGUUUAUUGUUCUUUAUAUCCAAAGGAUUACGCAUUUAACAAAGAUGAAUUAGUGUUAUUAUGGAUGGCAGAAGAUCUUUUGCAACAACCAAAGAGUGGAAGCAUUUUAGAAGAAGUUGGUUAUAAAUACUUCAAUGAUUUAGCUGCACGAUCAUUCUUUCAACCUUCAAAGGAUGGUUAUGAAGAUUCAUUUGUGAUGCACGAUCUCAUGCAUGAUCUAGCGACAUUUUAUGGUGAAAAGUUCUUUGUUAGAAUCUCUGAACACGAGAAUGUCGCCCAACAUGAUACUAAAACUCGUCACUUGUCAUAUGAUCGCGACAAGAAUAAUUCACUCCCGAAGAUGUUGGAAGCAUGUAAGAGUUUAAGUAAUGUGAGGACCCUGUUUCUAAUCAAGGCAUAUUUAUAUGGACGCAGAGAGGGAAUUGAUACUUGUCGCUUACUAGCACAGUUGAAACGCUUACGUGUUUUGUCAUUUGCGUCAUUUGAAAUUGAUAUAUUGCCUGAUUCAAUUGGUGACUUGAUCCACUUGCGUUAUUUGAAUCUCUCUAACACACGUGUGGUGACAUUACCCGAGUCCUUGAAUAAUUUGUACAAUUUACAAACAUUGAAGUUGAGAGAGUGUAAUAAACUUAAAAAGCUUCCCUCCAACAUGCAAAAUCUUGUGAAUCUGCGUCAUCUUGAUAUUGUGAGCACUGAUUUAGAAGAGAUGCCAAAAAAGAUGAGCGAAUUAAAAGAUUUGCAAUUUUUAAGUUCCUAUAUUGCGGGCAAACAUGAAGAGAAUGGGAUUGGAGAAUUGGGAGAGCUAGCACAUCUUCAUGGCUCAUUUCGUCUUAAGAAACUAGAGAAUGUAAAGAAUAGUGGUGAAGCAUCGAAUGCAAGGAUGGAUGAAAAAAUACACCUGAAUGCUUUAUAUUUGUGGUGGUCAUGGUCAUCAUUUAAUGAAAGUGAGGUUUAUGAUUCCCAAAGUGAAAAAGAUGUACUUGACAAAUUACGUCCUCACAAAGACUUGAAGGAGCUAUCCAUCAGUUGUUACAGAGGUACGAUGUUUCCGGAUUGGGUAGGGCAGUCUUCGUACCACAACAUGACUUGGUUGAAGCUGAGUGCAUGCAAGAAUUGUUGGGUGCUUCCUUCACUUGGACAGUUACCCUCUCUAACGAGAUUGGAGAUUUCAGAAUUUGAUAUGGUGAAGAAGAUUGGUGGUGAAUUCUAUAAGGCUGAUGCAACUCAUCGUCAUCCGGAGAAACCCUUUCGAUCCCUUAAAUAUGUAUCAUUUCGUCAUAUGCGUUGCUUGGAGGAAUGGGAGUCAUAUGAAUGUAAUGAUGAUGAUGAUGCACCAUUUCCUCAACUCGAGAAGCUUGUUUUAAAGAACUGUCCAAAGUUAAGAGGAGAUUUGCCCACUUUCCUUCCAUCUUUGAAAUCACUUGUCAUUGAAAAGUGUGAGGAGCUUGGUUGUUAUCUGCCAAGAGCUCCCAUCAUAAGCGAAUUAAGAAUACAUGGCACACAGGAAGCAAGAAUGCGGGACCUACCACUUUCACUGCAACGUCUAAGAAUCAGAGGAAACCAGCUUGUGGAGUAUGUGUUUGAGGCCAUGAGCCACACCCAACCAACCUCUCUCAUAGACCUACACAUCUCAGAGUGCUCAUCAGCCAUAUCAUUUCCAGGGGAUUCUUUGCCCCCUUCAUUGGAAUAUCUAGGCAUCUUCAAUUGCAUGAAUGUAGAAUUCCCAAUGCAACACCAACAACAUGACUCACUAACGAGUCUUAGAAUAGACAACAGCUGCCAUUCACUUACAUCCUUCGCAUUGCCAGCGUUCCCAAAUCUCAAGAAUCUGACAAUCGCAAACCGUGAAAAUUUGACAUCUCUGGGAAACAUAAGGCUGCCUGCCUCUUUAAGGAAACUCUUGAUCGAUAACUGUCCGUUGUUGGGUGAAGGCAUAGAGAGGAAGGACCCCCACAUUUGGCCAUCCAUUUCCCACAUCCCCCACAUUCAAGUUGAUCACACAAAGAUCCUCAAUGACUCAACAUCUUAAAAGAGGGACAUUUAAUGAUUCUUUUGGAACUUGUCAAUUUAAUGCAGUUCAGUUGUGUACCUCCAUUCUUUAAUGUUGAAAGCUGGGCUGAGUGGCUGAUAUGAUGAUCUCAAAACAAUGUUGCUCAACUCAAGGAAGAUAUGAAUUCGGAGGCAUGUCUUUGACAAGAAACAAAUUGGAGCAAGUUGGAGUGAACACAAUUUGGAGAGCAAGCUAACCUGGUCAAGAAUUCAUGGAAGACAUCAUCCUUGUAUAAAAUCAAAAGAAGAAAUGGAAGACAUCAUCCAUGUUUUCCCUUUAUACCAAUCUUAUCCAUGAUUUUUGCACUGAUCUUUUUACCAACACAUCUCAAUUAUUUCAUUGGAACCUCAAAUUUCAAAUCAACAACACCACAAGAAGGGAAAAAACAUCUCCAUUUCCAAAACCAUAUCCAAUUAUUAGCACAUUCAAAAUGCAAAGGAACACUCUACCCUGAUCUCUGUGUCUCAGCCUUAUCCACAUUCCCAAACCGUGAAACAAAAACAAUGCCACAAAUAAUCUCCAAAGUAGUCAACCACACAGUCCAUGAGGUCAAAUCUUCAUCCAACAACUACACCACCAUAAUCAAGAAUCUCCAAAACACUCUCAACACCAUUGAGGAAAGAGCCUUAGAUGUCUCAAACUCUUUGAUGACACCAUAGUAGAACUCAACACCACCAUUCUUGAUCUCUCAAAAAAUCCAUCAUCAUCAUCAUCAUCUUCCAACCAAGAUUUAUUGCAUUUUCUUCAUGUAUAGGGACAUCUACUGAUUCCUCUGGGACUUGUCAAUUUAUUGCAUUUGGGUGCUUGUAAGGAUGCUUCUCUCUCUCUCUAAGCUCUCUAUUUGGAAUUUGGAUUUAACCUUAGAAAGAUCUUAAAAGUUUUGUAUGUGGCAAUUCUUUUCUGGUUGAGUACAUGGACAAGGAGCUACACAUUCUUGUCUCAGACAGGAACUUCAAGCUGGGCCACUCUUAGAGCAUGGUUAAAGUUGGUUAUUUGGAGCAAGUAAUGCUGAAAGCUAGGCUGAGUAGCUGAUAUGGUGAUCUCAAAAUAAUGUUGCUCAACUCAAGGAAGAAAUGAAUUCUGAGGCAUGUCUUUUGACUACUUUUGCGCUAUGCCUUGACUCAUACCCAAAUCUAAGGCCUUUCAUUACCUUUCCUGGUGUUGCUCUUGCUUGCUUGCUUGUGGUCGUGGCCCUUGCUGGUUUUGCAAGAAACAAAUUGGAGCAAGCUGGACUAAGCACAAUUUGGAGAGCAAAGGAGCCUGAGCAAGAAUGAUUUCAUGAGGUGCGGUCUCUGCAUCAAUGCGAAAGCAGAAUUCAUGGAAGACAUCAUUCUCAUACAAAAUCAAAAGAAGAAAUGGAUGAUGUAGAACAGAAUUUUGCAAGGACAGAUAAGAAGCAGCCUGUCAAAAAUAGGCAGAAAGUGUACAAACUUUGCAACGUUCAAAGUAAAAAAGGGAAAACUUAGUUUUAUAUUUUGAUUGAUAUUGUGCAAUUACCUUUUUUUCUUAAGAGUUUUCAUGUCUUCAUCAUUUCAUUCAAUUUAAGGAUAGCUGAUAUGAGUUAAGUAUAUUCAUCAGAAAGAGAGAGCUUAGAGAGUGAGAAUAAAUUUCUGCAAUGAAAAAGGCCAAAGAGCUAGGAUGUGAGAACAUCGAGAAAAAGCCAUGAGUGGCAUUUGAGAUAUUUGAUUUUGUAUUUGGCUUGAAUUGGUAUUUGUAACUUGAAUUUGUAUAUAGUGAAAAAUUCUACCAUUUGUUGUGGUAGAGACUGGAUGUAGAUCCCAUUUUGGGAUUGAACCAGGAUAUAUUGUGAUGUUCAUCUUCUCUAUUACAGCUUUCAUUCACAAUAUCGUUAUAACAGUCAUCUUCACAUUUUUCUGCAAAA